AUGAGUACUGAUAAAAAAAAAGUCGAUCCUUUAAAAUCUUUCGUCGCUGGAGGUACUGCUGGUGCCAUUGAAGGUAUCAUAACAUAUCCUUUUGAAUUUGCUAAAACAAGACUUCAAUUGAUUGAUAAAUCUUCCAAAUCAUCAAGAAAUCCUUUAACUUUAAUAUAUAAUGUCGGGAAAACUCAAGGUGUAGGAGCUUUAUAUGUUGGAUGUCCAGCAUUUGUUGUAGGUAAUACUGUUAAAGCAUCAGUUAGAUUCCUUGGUUUUGAUUAUAUUAAAUCUUUAUUAGCUGAUAAGAAUGGUAAAUUAUCAGGUCCAAGAGGUGUAAUAGCUGGUUUAGGUGCUGGUUUAUUAGAAAGUGUAAUUGCAGUUACUCCUUUCGAAGCCAUUAAAACUGCUUUAAUCGAUGAUAAACAAUCCAAAGCACCAAAAUAUCAAAAUGGUUUGAUUUCUGGUAGUUUCAAAUUAUGUAAAGAUAUGGGAUUCAAAGGUAUUUACGCUGGUUUAGUACCCGUUUCUUUAAGACAAGCAUCUAAUCAAGCAGUCAGAUUAGGUUCAUAUAAUGCUAUCAAAACCAUGAUCCAACAAACUACUAAUACUCCUGCAAAUCAACCAUUAAGUUCAAUUGCAACUUUUGCUGUAGGAUCAUUUGCUGGGAUUAUCACUGUAUAUACUACCAUGCCUAUUGAUACUGUUAAAACUAGAAUGCAAGCUUUAGGUGCCGACAAAUUAUAUUCUUCAACCUUGAACUGUUUCGUUAAAAUUUUCAAAGAAGAAGGAUUAUCAACAUUCUGGAAAGGUGCUACACCAAGAUUAGGAAGAUUAGUAUUAAGUGGAGGUAUCGUUUUCACGAUUUAUGAAAAGAUGUUGGUCGUUUUAGGUUGA